CCUGAUGCUAUUGAAAACCUCCAUAAUCUCAGCAAAGGGAAGAUGAAUAUUUCUCACCUGUGGACCACUCUGUCUAACUUGAAUAGUAACUUGAAAAAAAUGAAUUCCUAGCUGCACUGAAAUUAACAACAGCGGAUGAAGAUGAUGAAGUACAAAUAGAAGAAUUUGGACAAGUGGUAAAGGAUAUUCGUGAUGCCUCCAGGUUAAAAGAGUUACAAGACAUUGUCUUAGCUCUUGAUGGGCUUGAAGGUGACAUGAUAUCUGGGAAGAACUUGGAGAGCUUCCUAGGAAAUAUUGGGAUUAAGUCACCUGAAGAAGAGGUAAAGAAAAUUCUUCAGUCAGAUCUUGUUUCUGAUGACAACAUGGUGAAUGUUAAAGACUGUAUGAAGGCUUUGAAGGACACUCAGAAAUUUUCCACUUUUGUUGCAUUGAAUGGCAUCAUCGGUACAUUGGAAUGUAUGGAGGAAAGUGAUCAGUCUGGCAAGGACAACUAUGCAGAUGUACUUGGAAACACCAAUAGAAUUUAUUUCACUGAUAAUAGUUUUCAAGAAGUGCUGGAUGAUUCCUUGCUCGACGACUUUAGGAAAGAGGCUUUGUCUUCAAAUCUGAAACUACCAACAGCAGAUGCAUUUAAAGAAGCUGCUUAUAUCUUGACAAGUGUUGAUAAUGGCAAGAUUGGCAUACGUAACUUGGAGCAUGCCCUGAAAGGUUUGAAUGUUAAUUUAGCUGAGGAGGACGUCAGUGAAGCCCUUAAAUAUUGUGACAUCAGUGAUAAUAAUGAGGUGAAUUUAAAAGAUUUCUUUGAAAGAAUUAAAGGAAGUCCACCUUUCAAAGAGUCCAUAGUUACACAGCUACUCUUAGUUACUGUUCAAAUUCUCCAGAAUGAUCUAAUUGAUGUCUCUGACCUCAAGGCAUUAUUGAUGAACAAUGACUUUCAUGCAGCUAAUGUUUUACUUGAUGAAGUAUUAAGACAUGGACCUGAACACGAAAAUGGCAAGAUUACCUUUCAAGAAUUUUUUAUUAAAUUCUGUGAUACAUUGAACAUGCCUAAAGCCUCGG